AUUUCCAAGCCAUAAAAAAUCAACACUUCAUUUAAUUCUAUAGCUAGAUGGGAGCUGAAUACUCAACAUCCAUGGAUGAUCAUGAUCAAACCAACAACUCCAAUGAGUCAGGCCAGGUUCUUGCCUUCCAUUCUUUAUCAAAAUGGAGGUCCCAUUUUGAUUCCUACAAAGCUACUAACAAGCUAAUGGUCAUUGAUUUUACCGCUACUUGGUGUCGGCCUUGUGCCCUCAUGGAGCCAUUCUUGGAGGAACUAGCUACCGUAUACACUGAUGUUGAGUUCAUCAAGAUUGAUGUGGACGAGCUGCCGGGCGUGGCUAGAGAAUAUGGAGUGCAGGCGAUGCCAUCAUUUGUGCUUGUAAAAAUGGGCGAAAUGAUUGAUGUGGUUAUGGGAGCUAAGAAGGAAGAGCUAAAGAAAAGGAUUGAUGAGUUGAGGGUUUAGCUAGAUUGGAUCUAUUACAACCUAAAUUGUGGUAUUUUGUUGGCUCUUAAAAUGUAAUAUUAUGAAGUUCUUUAUUUUGUAACAGUUUGCUAUGAAACUUAUGAUCCAAAAGUAAUGCAAAUAUUUUGCAUUUUGUAUACUAUUAUAAAUUUUGAUAUAAGGGCUUAUUUAUAAUCA